UUUUUUUUAUUUAUUUUUUUAAUAAAGGCAAGUGGUGAACCAGUUGUGGUGUCAGGACAAAUUACAGGAUUGACUGAAGGCCAACAUGGGUUCCAUGUUCAUCAGUUUGGGGAUAAUACACAAGGCUGUACCAGUGCAGGUCCUCAUUUCAAUCCUCACUCCAAGAAACAUGGCGGACCAGCGGAUCAAGAGAGGCAUGUUGGAGACCUGGGCAAUGUGACUGCUGGAAAGGAUGGUGUGGCCAAUGUGGCCAUUGAAGAUCCUAUGAUCUCACUCACAGGAGAGCAUUCCGUCAUUGGCCGAACAAUGGUGGUCCACGAGAAAGAAGAUGACCUGGGCAAAGGUGGAAAUGAUGAAAGCACAAAGACUGGGAACGCCGGCAGCCGCUUGGCUUGUGGCGUGAUUGGGAUUGCCCAGUAAACAUUCCCUGUGUGGCCGGGUCUCAGAUCAUCUGCCAUCCUGCCAAACUAGAGAGAAAACCAUUAAACUGUAAUAUUAAAAAUGUAA